CACACACACACACACACAGACAGCGCUCUGCCCGGUCCAGGAGGCUGAGACGAUGCCUCUGGAGAUGUGACCACCGCCGGAUCCCGUACACACAUUUCCCUCCACCCUCAACCAUGGAAAACAAUCGGGUGAGAUCAGAAGUGUGCGCUCAAACAUCUCAUGAAACAUGGCUCCAUUGAUCUCCAAGCGGCCGAGGAGGAGGUGAGAGCGGCGGCGUUGGGAGCUCAAGAUAGAAGCGCUUUUCUGGGAGGUGUACAGAGGAGGAGGAGGACCACAGGGCGCUUUCUCUUUCAAGAGGAUCAAGAAAAAGGGAAAUCAAGCUGUUUUUAAGCGGACUGUUUGGACCUGACCAUGAGUAGCGGGCCGGAUGAGAGCUCGGUGCGCGUCGCCCUGAGGAUCCGUCCUCAGCUGGCCAAAGAGAAGAUCGAGGGCUGUCACAUCUGUACGUUUGUGAUGCCCGGGGAGCCCCAAGUGGUUCUGGGCAAGGACAAGGCCUUCACCUACGACCAUGUCUUCGACAUGGACACCCAGCAGGAAACCAUCUACAAUCAGUGCACGGAGAAACUCAUCGAAGGCUGCUUUGAGGGCUACAAUGCCACUAUCUUUGCAUACGGACAGACGGGUUCGGGGAAGACCUACACCAUGGGAACCGGCUUUGACGUUAACAUCGGAGAGGAUGAGCUGGGUAUCAUUCCCCGGGCAGUCAACCACCUGUUCAAAGGGAUCGAGGAGCGUAGACAGACUGCCACCGAGCAGGGCAGGCCUGUUCCUGAGUUCAAGAUCAACGCACAGUUCCUGGAGUUGUACAACGAGGAAGUGCUGGACUUGUUCGACUCGACGCGAGACCUCGAGGCCAGGAGGCAGCGAUCCAACAUCAAAAUUCACGAGGACGCAAAUGGAGGCAUCUACACUGUCGGGGUCACCACUCGCACCGUUACCACUGCAGCUGAGAUGAUGCAGUGUCUGAAGCUGGGCGCUCUGUCUCGUACCACCGCCAGCACCCAGAUGAACGUCCAGAGUUCACGCUCCCACGCCAUCUUCACCAUCCACCUGUGCCAAGUUCGAGUCUGCUCACCAGAUAACGACGAUAAUGUGACAGACAACCGUCUGGCAAACACGUCGGAGAUCAAUGAGUUUGAGACGCUGACCGCCAAGUUCCACUUUGUGGACCUGGCUGGUUCUGAGAGACUGAAGAGGACUGGAGCUACAGGAGACAGAGCUAAAGAGGGCAUCUCCAUCAACUGUGGGCUGCUUGCUUUGGGAAAUGUCAUCAGUGCUCUGGGAGACAGGAGUAAGCGCUCCACCCACGUGCCUUACAGAGACUCCAAACUAACCCGGCUGUUACAAGACUCACUGGGUGGCAACAGUCAAACGAUGAUGAUCGCCUGCAUCAGCCCGUCGGACCGGGACUUCAUGGAGACCUUGAACACUCUGAAGUACGCCAACAGAGCCCGAAACAUUAAGAACAAGGUGAUGGUGAACCAGGACAAAGCCAGCCAGCAGAUCAGCGCCCUGCGGACAGAGAUAGCACGACUGCAGAUGGAACUAAUGGAGUACAAGACGGGGAAGCGUAUGGUGGGUGAAGAUGGCAUGGAGGGCAUCAACGACCUGGUCCAUGAGAACUCCAUGCUGCAGACGGAGAACAACAAUCUGAGGGUGAGAGUGAAGGCCAUGCAGGAGACCAUCGACUCCCAGAGAGCCAGACUCACUCAGAUCCUCAGUGACCAGGCCAACCAGGUCCUGGCUAAAGCAGGUGAAGGCAACGAAGAGAUCGGGAACAUGAUUCAGAACUAUAUCAAAGAAAUCGAGGAGCUCAGAGCUAAACUUUUUGAAAGUGAGGCCGUGAGCGAGAACCUGAGGAAGAGUUUGUCACGGGCCUCCACUCGCAACUCGCUGUAUGCCGGCCCAGGCUCCUUCUCCUCCGCCCUCCUCGCCCCUGAGAAGGAGGCUAACGAAGUCAUCGAGAUGGCCAAGAAAGACCUGGAGAAGCUGAAGAAGAAGGAGAAGAAGAAGAAGAAGAGACUAAGGCGAUUUGAAGAGAAUCACCGCCACACGGCAGUUGAACACGACAGGUUUGCUACACCCCCAUCCAGGAUUGGGUCAAAUCUGAAAUUGGUCAGACUGAAGUGUACCAAUGUUGUGACUGUGCCAGACAACGAGCAGGAGCGAGGCAACGAUGAGGCAGAGGUGGAGGGCAGCGACCACGAAGAGGGCGAGGAUGCCGAUGGAGAGGAGGAGGACUUUGACAUGGCGGGUGAAGAGACGUCUGACGAGUCUGACUCUGAAGAGCUGGAGGAGAAAGAAAACGUCCAGGCCGACCUGGCCAACAUCACCUGUGAGAUCGCCAUCAAGCAGAAGUUGAUAGACGAGCUGGAGAACAGCCAGCGGCGUCUGCACACUCUCAAACAGCAGUAUGAGCAGAAACUGACGAUGCUGCAAAACAAGAUCAAGGACACGCAGCUGGAGAGGGACAAGGUGCUGCAUAACAUGGGCACAGUGGAGUCGGGUACGGAGGAAAAGGCCAAGAGGAUCAAAGUGGAAUAUGAGAGGAAGCUGAGCUCCAUGAACAAAGAGCUUCAGAAGCUCCAGUCGGCUCAGAAGGAGCACGCCCGCCUGCUGAAGAACCAGUCGCAGUACGAGAAGCAGCUCAAGAAGCUGCAGCUUGAUGUGACGGAGAUGAAGAAGACCAAGGUGGCGCUGAUGCGUCAGAUGAAGGAGCAGCAGGAGCGAAACCGAGCCACAGAGUGCAGGAGGAACAGGGAAAUCGCCUCUCUGAAGAAAGACCAGCGCAGAGCGGAGCAUCAGCUGAAGCAGAUGGAGGCCCAGAAAAGACAACAGGAGCUCGUUCUCCGCAGGAAGAAUGAGGAGGUCACAGCUCUGAGGCGCCAAGUGAGGCCCGUGUCCGGGAAGGUGAGCAGGAAGGUGAGCGUACCUGAACCUCUCCAGGAGCCAUCACAUAGAGCCACUCCGGGGAGGAUGCACACCUCCGGAGCAUCCAAUGGAGCCAGGAGCUCUCCAGUACGGAUGGGAAGUAUCUACCUCAGCAGGACAGCAAGGGCCAAAUGGCAGUCACUGGAGAGACGUGUCACUGACAUCAUCAUGCAGAGGAUGACCAUCUCUAACAUGGAGACGGAUAUGAACAGACUGCUGAAGCAACGGGAGGAGCUGACCAGACGGAGGGAGCGAGUGUCCAGAAAGAGGGAAAAGAUGGCAGUGGAGGGCGCAGACGCCGACCGCUCCCUGGCCUCGCUGAACGAGGAGCUGGAGUCUCUUGGCGCCAACAUCGACUAUAUCAACGACAGCAUCGCCGACUGCCAGGCCAACAUCAUGCAGAUGGAGGAGGCCAAGGAGGAAGGAGACACAGUGGAUGUGACCGCGGUGAUCAGCUCCUGUAAUCUAUCAGAGGCCCGCUUCCUUCUGGAUCAUUCAAUCACUAUGGCCAUCAAUAAGGGUCUGCAGGCGUCUCAGAAAGAUUCCCAACUGAAAGUGAUGGAGGGCAGGCUGAAGCAGACGGAGAUCAACAGCGCCACCCAGAACCAGCUGCUGUUCCACAUGUUGAAGGAAAAAGCUGAGAUCAACCCGGAGCUGGACGCCCUGCUGGGCAGCGCUCUGCAAGAGUUAGGUUACCUCUCACCAGAGAAUGGAGAUGACAGCAGUAGUGACGAGUCCGCCACCAGUCCGGCCACGGAGGGCAGCACCCUGGCAUCAGAUCUAAUGAAGUUAUGUGGUGAAUCCAGACCGAGGAAGGCUCGUAAGCGGACCACCACCCAGAUGGAUCUGUUGUAUGCCAGCAGUGGGGAUCUGUCCUGCGAAUCCCCCACCGGAGACUUCUCUGCCCCUCUGCUGCCCCUGUCAGAGCGUUUGGAAGGGCCGGCAGACACGCAGGGUCACGCACUUGGUCAAGCCCCCGACCGCGAGAAAACAGUUUCCCCAUCUGCACUGUCUGCCAGGCCAGCUGGCAUUUCUGGAUCCAGGUCACCUACAGGGACUGAGAGGAGGCAACUGGAGCGGUCGCCCCUCAGCCGAAGGAAGGCGCACGACAAAGGACCCACGCCGACACACAUCCCAGCACCUACACACAUCCCAGCACCUACACACAUCCCAGCACCUACACACAUACCAGCACCUACACACAUACCAGCACCUACACACACACCUCUGCUUAGCACAGCAGAGGCUAAAACUAAAGGCAGCGACUACAGAUCACUGUUGGAGGAGUCACCUGUAUUUGAAGGCCACAGAGGUGUGAUCAACCCUGUGACGGCGCCUAAGAACAGCCGCGGGGCCAAACUUCAGUGCGUCUACGUAGCAGAGGGACACACCAAACCUGUUCUCUGUGUAGAUGCCACAGAUGAUCUACUCUUUACAGGAUCCAAAGACCGAACAUGUAAAGUCUGGAACUUGGUGACGGGUCAGGAGAUCAUGUCUCUGGCAGAUCAUCCCAGCAGUGUCGUCUCAGUCAGGUACACUUCUAGCCUCGUCUUUACUGUUUCUACUGCUUACAUCAAAGUCUGGGACAUACGAGACUCUGCCAAGUGUAUCCGCACACUCACGUCAUCGGGUCAAGUGGGUUCAGGCGACACCUGUUCCUCCGUCAGGAGUUUAUCCAUCCCACCAGGAGAGAGUCAGAUCAACCAGAUUGCUCUCAACCCUUCUGGCUCUUUCCUCUAUGCUGCCGCUGGCAGUGCUGUGCGCAUGUGGGACCUCCGCAAGUUUGUGUCCACAGGGAAGCUGACUGGCCAUUUGGGACCUGUCAUGUGUCUGACUGUUGACAAAUUAGGCAGUGGACAGGAUGUUGUCCUCACCGGCUCCAAAGACCAUCAUAUUAAAAUGUUUGAGGUGGCAGAAGGUGUUCAGGGCAGCAUCACCUCCAGCCAUACGUUUGAUCCCGCUCAUCAAGACGGCGUGGAGUCUCUUGCCGUACAUGGAGAUGUUUUCUACAGCGGCUCCAGAGACUACUACAUCAAGAAGUGGGACUUAGCCAGUCAACGACUGCUACAGCAGUCUGUCAGUGCCCAGGCAGACUGGGUUAGCGCUCUGGGCGUGGUGCCAGGUUCUCCGGUGCUGCUCAGCGGAUGCAGAGGAGGGCUGCUUCGCCUCUGGCACGCCGACUCACUUGCGCCCCUAGGCGAGGUCCGGGGACACGACAGUCCCAUCAACGGCCUGGCUACUAACAGCAGCCAACUGUUCACUGCCUCAGAUGACCGCACGGUGAAGAUUUGGGAAGCCAAAGGGUCUCUGGAGGAAGGAGUCCACUGACACCUACUUCAUCAUCAUCCCCAGACAGACCUGAAAUCGAGGAUCUCCUACUGGCCUUCACCCAGUCAAGAUGAAUAAUUUGUUAGGCAACUACAACGUCAAUAACUUGUGUUGGAUGGAAGCCCAAAGUGGUUCUGGUUCCUGAAAGGUCCCAGUCUGAAAAAUAAUCUUUAAACAACGCUGAUACUCAGUUUCAGGAAUCGGGAUCAGUUUCAGGGAAGUGUAAUUAGACGCGAUUGACCGUUCUUUUAAGCUGAGCGUACUUCCUGUUUUUUUUUUAGUUCAAGACGGAUCACAGUGGAGCCCAUCAAGUCUCCAGUAAGGCCACAAGGACUACAGAACAGCUAUGCCGGACGGCAGCGUUCAAAACUGCGACAGAAAAAAUGAAAUGAAAGUAACAAUAUGGAUACAUGGAUCUUAGUCGACUCAGAAGCCUCUCCUGUGCUUUCUACAUUCCUCUCCUCAGUUCAGCACUACUAACAACGUGGAUACCUUCUAUGCGUAUAGUCGCUUUUGCCGGCACUGUUGAGAAAACAAAUAACUGGAUUUGGCUAAAUGCCGGUCCGUCAAACUGAGUCUGCGUCCCAACACAAAACACAGAGAUCUCCUGCUCUCUGUGUGAGUGUGUUUACGAUGUGUUGUGUCUUCCUGUCUUUGCUCUCCAGGUCAUUUUGGGUAUGUGUGUGUGAGUGUGUCCUCUGUAACCAAGGACCAAAUAACUACUGAAACUCUUCCGGUGUUACUGCCAAACCCUCUAGUGAAACAUGAGAGGCCUCUACCAUACUGCGCUCCUUUGACAGGCGCCUUUUCCCUUCAAAUUUCUGUAUUUCCUCUAGUGUUAAGUAGUGUUUUCGUCAAUGUUAAGUUCAUUAAAUCAACUGCUGACUGGUAUUAUCUCAAUAAUAACAACAAUAAUCAUAUAUACCAAAGCUUAAAAGCUAUUUAGUUAAGCAGUCACUCAAACAGAUGUAACACAGUAAACUGGAGUUGCAGCGGCAUACUGAUACCAUGUUAUACAUACACUUACCGUGUACUUGCUUAUCUAUGAAACAGUAUUAAAUUCUACUGUAUUAGUAAAAUAAAAAUAACAUAACACAAAUUUGGUGAAAUUAUAAUAAAGCGUUCAACCAAGACAACUAUUAAACCGUUAAACUGUUGCAACUCUACCACAAACAAAAGCUUUCCUUUAGCUUCCUUGUCAAUUUGCACUAAAAAAGUAGUCUAUUGAAUUGAAUUUAAUUGAAUUAAUUGAAAUAUAUGAUUUAAAGUUAGCUUAACUAAGUCAAAUUAUUUGAAUUCCUCGUUUCAGGUGCUGUAGUUACUGCUACUCUGCUAGGCUAGGCUAAUAGCUUUUAGCAGGACUAGCUCAACUGGAUCAAAUUUAGCUGCUGCCUUAUUUAUGUGUCAUGACAAACUUUUUAAACGCAGCAAAGAGAUAGGAAAACGUGGGUGAAUUAGCUUUCACCACCUAGCCUUAACUAGCUAGCGUGUAGCGGUUUUUACCACUGUUUUUCAAGUUUGAUAUGUUUUUUGUAAGCUCUGUGGUACAGGGAUUUUGUAGACAGUGAAAGAGAUGUCAAAAAGCUUGGCUCGGCUUUGUAGGGCAGCGCAGUUGUCCAAGUUUUUCAAGAAAAACAGUUACCUUCAGUUAAACCCUGCUCUUUUAACUGAUUGAAAUUGACUUUUCAUCAGGCAGAAUAGCUGUUACAUCCAGAAUAAAACACCGGUAUCUCAGUGUUUCCCAAACAGCUUCAAUAUUUCAGUCAAUCAUGUGUCACAAAUAGCUGCUGGGUUUCUGGUUUCAGUAUUUUCUUUCGACAGUUUCCAACCAUGUGUAGCCUUGAAGUGUUUUAGUUUCCUCUACCUAAAUGGCUUCUACUUUCCUUCACACUCCUCUCUGGCUUCUCUGACCUCCAUCUUUUAGGUCUCCAGCAAACAUUAUCUUUGAUUUUUGCUUUGAAACGGUUACUCACUGAGUAUUUACUUUCUCAAGCUGUGCAACACUUCAAAAGCUGAAGUAUGACUCUGGCAGCAAGUGCUUUUAGGAAGCCUUUGCUUGAGUCCUAAGUCAUUCAUGUUGAUAGCCUCGAGUCAUGGGCCAUGCGUGUUUGUGAGAGCAUCUGUUCCUGAAAGGUAUGUGUGUGUUUUUCAAUCCAAAUGUUGCAAAAAGUUCUCAUUCUGUUCAACUCUGCUGUCUGUAAACUGCACGCAUGCUGCAGUUAACCAUAUCAAACAUCAUUCAAUCGUUUAAAUGUGAGUCUAAAAUGCUAUUUAUUUAUUGUUUUUCGUAGAUUUUUGACUUUGCUGUCGUGUCUACAUGACCAGUCUGCGAUUUUGACCUCAUUUUCAUCUAAUGCCUCUGAUUUCUUAGCAUUAUAGACGAUGGACUGCUCAUAUGGGAUGGUUUUCUCCAUAAUCAGAGCUGUAUUAUCAUCGCCUGGCAUCGCCAGACUAAUUCACAAAUGUAAAUUAAUACCAGAGCAAAUGGAACAUGAGCCUUCAGAUUCAUCUGGUUCCCAGGCUAGUAUUAUCAGUGCCUGGGAACCAGUAAUAAAUCCUAAACUGUGGGUAAUGACUAAAUGCGGACUAUCCCUUAGGCAACCAUUUCAUUAUGAACGACUGUUUUAUGAGUAUCCUUUAAAUGUAUUGCUGCUUUUGUUCGGAUAUUGGAGGUAGUCAAUGGGACUCAAAUAAUUGCACUGAAAAAUCUGAUUGUUUGACUUUAAAUCCUAAAUGAAAUACAGUAGAUUAAUUACAUCAACAGGUUUUCAGUCCCGUUGACGGCACAUGAAUUUCUAAAUGAAUAACUCCCAAAAGGAAGCAAUAUGAGCUGUGAGUAUUCCUAAUUGAUGAUAAAUCAGAUGCUGCUUAAAUUCCUAAUUAUCUCUCUAAUUGUAGUUUUUUGAUUUUGAAAUUUGACUGUAAAUCUGCUCUUGUGUAAAUAUGACUGUUGUUUUCUUCCUGCUGAGUCUUCUUCUGCAUAAUUUCAAGUGAUUGAAAUAUCAGAUGCAGUGUGAAAAUAAAAAUAUGAUUUCACAA